AUGUCUUACGCAGAUAAAUACACGAAAAAGCCCAUUACCGACAUCUUCACCAGCGACACAGACAUCGACCGCCGGCAAUGUACGCGGACAGUGCCAAUGAAGGUGCUCCUACUGGGCACCGGUCGCACAGGAACUGCAUCAAUGCGAGCGGCCAUGAAGCAGCUCGGCUACGUUGACACAUAUCACAUGAUGAACUGCUCGAUCGAGAACCCGCCGGACGCACUGCUGUGGAUGGACGCGCUGCGGGCCAAGUACGACGGGGUCGGGCAGCCGUUCACGCGCAAGGACUGGGACCGGCUGCUGGGCAACUCGCAGGCCGUGUGCGACUGGCCGGCGUGCGCGUUCGCCAAGGAGCUGAUCGAGGCGUACCCGGAGGCGAAAGUGGUGCUGACGGGCCGCGACGUCGACUCGUGGCACGCGUCGACCAUGAAGACGGUCUACUGGCGCGCCACCGACCCGGAGCUGCGCGCGCUGUCGCACUGCAGCUGGGCCGCGCGCAUGUACUACCCCAUGCUCAAGAAGUUCUUCGACACCUUCUUCGAGGGCGACUUCCCGAACCGCGGCAAGCAGGUCUACAUACGCCACUACGAGGAGGUCAAGCGCAUGGUCGCGCCCGACAACCUGCUCGAGUUCCGCGUCCAGGACGGCUGGGAGCCGCUGUGCGAGUUUUUGGGCGAGCAGGUGCCCGCCGGCGACAAAUUCCCCAACGUCAACGACAACUCGGACUUUGUGUCGCGGUCGCGCCGGAGGAACCGCCGCCAGAUGCUCAACGUGGCGCUGCAGGGCCUCGAGAUCGUCGCGCUGAUCGGGAUGUUUAUUUACCUGAUCUUCUACGUGCAGAUGUCCAUGUUCUCGUCCUAG